GCCGCCAUUUUGACUCCUCUCAGAGUGGGUGGCGGCGGCGGCGGGUGCUGGCGGUCCGGAGCCACCCGCCGGCGACAGGCACCUCGCCCGCUUUUUUUUCGGGAGGUGACUUCGAGUUUCCUUUUCCUUUUUUCCUUCUAGCCCCGUGCCGCGGGCCAGCUCGUACGCUUUUGCCAGGCACCCGGCGCGAUGUCUGGCGACGGAGCCGCCGAGCAGGCUGCUGAAUAUGUCCCAGAAAAAGUGAAGAAAGCAGAAAAGAAAUUAGAAGAGAAUCCAUAUGACCUUGACGCUUGGAGCAUUCUCAUUCGAGAGGCACAGGUUUAGUGAUAUAGGAUUACAUUUCCUUCUCUAUGGGUCCAAUCACACUCUUUGGUUCUGGAGUAAAUAUUUACAUAAUCAUAAUAUUGUAAAUGCUAUUUAUUGGUUUUUAAUUUUUAGAAUCAACCUAUAGACAAAGCACGGAAGACAUAUGAACGCCUUGUUGCCCAGUUCCCCAGUUCUGGCAGAUUCUGGAAACUGUACAUUGAAGCAGAGGUUAAUAUUUUUUAUUUUAUUUUCCUUAUAUAACACCCAAUAGGAAUUGAAGUUUACACAAUAGUGAUAGCAAAUAGCAAAUUAGGAACAUAACCACAACUAGGACAAGGAGGAUUUAAAUGUCUCUUGCCUUUAUUUUGUAAAAUAGGUAUAAAGGAGUAAUUAAAAUGAAUUCUGAAAUUUGGGUCCUUCACAAGCUGAUGAUUGUUGCAUUAUGGAAUUGCAACAACAUUAAAACAGUUUCAAUGGUA